CGUGGCUGGUGCUGAUAUAACCGCGAUCUUAGACUUGAAAUCAAGUCUACAGUUCUAUAAGAAAGAUGUCUGGUAAUCAAACUGAGGAAAGAUGUGCUCCCUUCGGUCCUACUGGAAAGGAUAUUUACUACAGACGAAAGGGGGUUGUAUUCGAUUCCACGAUCACAGAUGAGAAGACUUUGGUCGAUAUUGAGAACUUCGAGGUCAGACACGAUGACAUUUUCCUUGCAACUGUACCACGUAGUGGUACCCAUUGGUUAAUCGAGAUAGCCUUGCUGAUAGUCGCAGACGCAGACCCUACCAAGGCUAACAGGGUCACCCAGGAUCAGGUCUUUGAGAUGAACUUUCGAUCUAACCCUAAGUUACCAGCAGUAGCUGGGUACAAAGUGAUUGAGAAAUGGCCAUCGAGUUGCCCGAGGGUUAUUGUUACUCAUAUGGCUGCUGAGUUUUUGCCAUCGCAGGUUUGGCACACGAAAGACAUCAAGGUGUUGAGUAUGGUACGAAAUCCACUGGAUGUUUUUGCUUCCCAGCACACAUUGUAUGGGAAUAUGUUACCUGAAUUAGUUCAAGCUUGGCCUGAUUUUAUACAGUACAGUAUGACUGAUGAUGUCACAGGUGGCACUUGGUUCCGUCAUGUUUUGAGCUACUGGACGAAACAGCAGCAGUUUAAAGAAAAUGUGCUGCUAUUGAAAUACGAAGAUGCACAUCGGGAUCUUCGAGCGACCGUCCAGGCGAUUGCUGCGUUCUUACAGCGCCCUCUGUCGGUGGAGCAAGUCAAUCGCAUAGUCGAGUUGACUGCCUUCGGAGGAAUGGUGCAAACGUACCAACAACUGGAGGAGUCUGAGCCUGACAAUAAGUUUCGUACACGAAUACAUGGCAUCAAACAUUUCCUCGAUAAAGGUAAAGUCGGCACUUGGAAAGGGAAGUACACCGACAAACAACUUGACGAAAUAAAGUCAAAAAUAAGCGCAACUUUCGAAGGGACUGGCUUGAAUAUUGAUUUGGAAAUCUGAUAAAUAAUUCUUAUAUUCCUAAAGGGAAAUGUAUUCUGUUUGCAGUAGACGUUUCUCUGUUUUUAUAUAACGAAUGCUCAUUUGUAAACAACUUACUACUUGGUAUUCGCUAGACCGAGUCAGGCAGGAAUUGUUGAGGAUCAAUGAGAGUCGUCGUCUUGGUCAGUUUCUGACGUCACAGAACUUUAUUGUAUUAAUGCUAUAGUAUUGUAUUUAUUUUAUUCGAUAAACCUGAUGACGUCACGAUGUCGAAAACCUGCUUUUUCUUACUUAGUUCUUAUAAGCUACGUUAAACAUAAUUCUGGUUGAUUGAUUCUGACGUGUGUUUACUAAAACAAUAAGAUAUAAGGGUGGCACGGUCGGCUUGUGCGUAAAGCGCUCGCCUCUCGCCAAGGUGACCCCGGUUCGAUUCCAGGCU